AUGUCAACGACAACGCGCAAUGAAUUACGACCAACAACAUCAGAAACAAAAGGAGAUAAGAAGAGAACUUUAUGUGGUGCAUGUGAAUCAGAAUUAGAACCUGAUCAUCCAGGUAUACAAUGUGUACAAGGACAUCAUUUUUGUACAGAUUGUUCAAAACAGAUUAUUAGUUUAUUCUUCUCUGAUCCACAACAUUAUAUACCUUUACGUUGUGUUCUAUGUCAUAUUGAAUUAAAUACAAAUGUAUUUGAACGACAAUUAACACCCGAACAACUUGAUUUUUAUCAUCAAAAUAUGUUAGUAUUAGUUUGGGCAAAAGAAUUAGUCGGUGAAGGUGAACGUUUAGAUAAUUGUCCAUUUUGUUGUUUUGCUGUUAUACGUAGUAUAAAUGAUUCAAGUAUAUUUCAUUGUGAACGUGAAGGUUGUGGUAAAGCAUCAUGUUUAAUAUGUCGAAAAGCUUGUCCAAAAUUUCAUAGUAAUUACGCAUCUGCUGCUCAACAAGCUGAAAUGUUACAACAUUUUACAUGUGAAGCAUUAGGAAAUGAUAAAUUUUUAUUUGAUCAAGCUGUUGAAAAUGGACAAAAGGUUCAAUGUCCUAAAUGUGGUUUGUCUGGUAUGAAAGAUGAUUCUUGUACACAUAUGACAUGUCCGACAUGUUCACAAAUUUGGUGUUAUUUUUGUGGGAAACCUGUUGAAAAAUGUGAUAAAGCACGUAAUGGAAAAAAUACUAUAUAUGAUCAUAACCAAAAUUGGGAUAGUAAUCCAAAUCGUUGUCCUAUGUAUUUUACACAAAUUCAAGAUAUUGAUAAACGAUGGGGAGAUAAUGAAGAAGAUUGUGUAAUUAUGUUUCAUCGUAUUCGUUCAUUACGUUUAUUACGUGAAGUAUAUGAAAAACUUGGUAAAGAACGUAUUAAUGCAUUGAAUCGUCAUUUUCGUUCACUUGAUGCAUGUGGUUUCUCAUUAAAUGAAAUACUUCAUGAAGAUUUAACAUUAAUUCGAAGACGUAGUCAACAUCGUCGUAAAGACAACUAA